AUGGUCACAAGUCUUGGGUUCUCCUUAGCCGAGCCCUUAAUCAUCGCGUUCAUGACUCAUACCACGAUUGAGGGUUCGGGUGCUCGACAUGCAAUAUCAAGACGUUUGAAUGCGUCUGUUAGGAGGGAGUCAGGUCGUUCAGGUGGAGUGCCUACAUCUGACGAUGAGGACGAAGAGCGGGCAAGUCAGGCUGAUCGAGAUGAAGAGUAUGACCCUCAGGAUUAUCAUACGGUGCAUAGGGGUCAGAAUGAGAGAUUUGUUAGUAGUAGUCAAGCGAGUCAGCCUUCCACCAGCUCAGCAGAGACAUGGGUAGUGCAGCAGCCGAUGCCAGGUGGUCUUGAGGAUGGUACUGUUAUCCCCAGUUUAGGUGGUCACGUGGCUGCAUAUAUUUGGGGCGGGCAGGAGCGUAAUGUUUUGCGCUGUUUGAGCAGGACACAGUUGUGUUCAGAAUUGGUUACCUGUGCACAAGAGCACCUGGAAUUGAUUGAUGGUAGUGGUCUGUCUCACUUACCCAUGUUCAUGUUUAGGCGUUUUGACUGGCCGUUGAUUUCUGCGUUUGUUAAGAGAUGGCAGCCAGAUACAAACACGUUUCAUAUGCCAUUUGGGGAGAUCACGAUCAUGCUGCACGAUGUGUACCAUAUUCUUGGGCUUUGUGUUGAUGGUUCCAUGGUUUCCACUACUCCUAGCACGGACGCCAUACGGGAUGCGUGCUCGAUUACCAUGGACAUGAAUGCGGAAGAGCUGAAUGAGAAGUGCGGUACAAAAACCAUUUAG